AAACAUUGCAGUUGAAAAUAAAGCGAAAAGAAGAGGGAAAAGGAAGAAACCAUGAGUCGUGGAAACCAGAGAGAGCGUCGCUGUACCCUCGAGUUCGACGGUGCAUCCAGUGGAAAUCCUGGAAAGUCUGGUGCAGGAGCUGUACUCCGUUCUGGGAAUGAGGUCCAUCGCUUCAGUAAAGGACUGGGCAUUCAAACAAAUAAUUCUGCUGAGUAUGAAGCUUUACUUUUGGGAUUGAAAGAAGCCAGUGACAAAGGGUAUGAUCAUGUUGAAAUUCGAGGCGAUUCUAAGCUUGUUUGCGAACAGCUUAAGGGUAAUUGGAAAGUCAACAACCCGAAUUUAAGGGACUUGCGUGAUAAGGCUUUGGACUUGAAGGAUAACUUCAAGUCAGUCAAGGUUCAACAUGUUCCUAGGGGUUCUAACAGAGAAGCUGAUGCUCAAGCAAGUUGGGGCAAAAAUCUUGAAGCUGGCCAAGUUCAAGAAGACUAUUACUACUACUGAUCAUCUGUGACAGCAUGCCACUGUCAAAAACUAUUGGCAACUAUGUUACUUUUCUUGUUUAGAUUGUGUUUACUAGCUAGUUAAGCAUUUUGGGUGGUCUUACAUUUGACACACUGCAUGUCAGUGGUGAAACUCUGUUUGCAAUUUGAUCAUUUGGUUGCUUUAGGGGCUUAAGAAUGUUGCUUUUGAUGUUUGGAUUUUAUGUUUGGAUGUUAUGUGAAUGUUUCUGAGUUUACUAUUUUCUUCCUUCAUUUGUUUGUUUAAAUCUUAUAAUCUCGUGCUAUGUGAUGACACUUAUUUUUGUUUGAUGUAAUGACC